AAACUGUAGAUGGAAGCGAGGGCUGGGCGCCCAUCCGCAUCGUGGUGUCCGCGAGGGACUUGGAGGACCCGCUGAAGCACUGCAGCGCAGCGGGGGAGACGCGCAUGGCCGGGGAUGGCCGCCGAGUAACCUGCGAGGUGGAGGAUGUGUUGGGGGAAAACAAGAAGGACAUUAUUUUGCGGCAAAUCCUCCCCGCGGCAAUUAAGCUGCACGCCGAGCGUCUCUCCGUGAAGCCGGUGAAGGGUCUCAUCCGCAUGCCGGAGUACGGUCUAGGGAUUUGCGAAAGGUUUACUAUUCCUGCCUGGCAUCGCAGGACCGGCGUGAGCGACGCCGAUCUGCUGCUCUACGUCAACGCCCUUCCGACUGUGGGCGCGGUUGCGUGGGCGACUGCGUGCGCCUGGCUGGUGGAUGGACGCCCGUAUGCUGGCGCCGUGAACUUCGAGCCCCGGUCCACAAAGGCCGAUCAGGAAUCUGUCCGUACUGCAGCCCACGAGAUUGGGCACGUUCUUGGGUUUGCAUUGGAAGAAUUUUUGAAGUUUCGCAUGGUGUCGCAGGUCCCCAGUGGGCCCGGGAAGGAUAUGGCGUGGGUGGUUACCUCGCCUACGGUGAAGGCGCUGGCGCGGAAGUACUACAACUGCCCCACACUUGAGGGCAUGAAGCUGGAGGACGCGCGGUGUGCGGGGUGUGCGGGGUCGCAUUGGAAGCAACUCUACACAAAGGAGGAGGUGAUGGCUACUGUGGGUCAGCCGGGUUAUUACUCGGCACUGACGCUUGCGGCGUUUGAGGACAUGGGCGGCGUGUACAGGGCUAACUUCAGCAUGGCGGAGCCGAUGAGGUGGGGCAACAACUCCGGCUGCGGGCUGCUGGAAAAGAAGUGCCUGAGCAGCGGCCACACCGACUACCCUGACAUUUUCUGCAAACAGUUUUGGUAUGACAAGAAGCUGCUCUGUACGCAUGACCGCCUGUCUCUGGGGAAUUGCGACCUCGGGCUAUACAAUCAACCCUUUCCGCCGCAGUAUCAGUACUUCGAGGGCCCCAGGCUUGGCGGCGGGGUGGCCUUUAUGGAGUACUGCCCGCACGUUACUGGGCGUGCGGAGUAUGGGUGCACCAACGGCAAUGCUCGUGCGAUGGUUGGCAGCUUCAUUGGCCCCAACUCCCGCUGCGUGAAGGGGAAUGACCUUAAAGUGAGCGGAAAACCCAUUGGCGAUGUGUGCGUGAACACUCAGUGCGACGGCGGCAAGCUGAAGGUGCAGUUCCGUCGCGACGCAACGUGGCACGAGUGCGAGGAGGGCAAAACUGUUAAGCCACAAGGGGCGCACUGGAGCGGGAGUAUUGUGUGCCCCAAGUACGCCGACGUAUGCGACGCCCUCCCCAACAUCAGCGCCUACCCAAUACCGGUGGUUGCGCCGCCGCUGACAGAAGCUCCACCGGCCGCAGAGGACACAGAACCGGUUGAAGGGGAGAAUGGCGACGCGGAGGUCAGCCCUGCCGGACCCGGCGGCGAAGCGUUGACGCAGGACGCCGCCGUCGCACACAGUGCCGGCACGGAUCGCGGCGGCAGCAGCAAAGCUUCUGAGGCUGAGGGUCCGUCUGCAACGAGUUCGUCGGGCAAGGCGGAAGACGGCGUUGACGUUGCCACGGGGCUACCGAAUGCGGCAAAAGGCAGUGAAGAAGAGCGAGGCGGUGCGGAAGGUCCAACGACGACUGAACCCAACAGUGACUCGACAAACCCCGCGCAGUCCACUGCCGGCGCCCGGCCGCCCGAGAGCGAAGGGCAGACGCAAGGGGCGGCGGCGGCGCAGAGCAGUGGCCAACCCGACGCUGUGCCGCCGCUGCGCGGAGGUGAGAGCGGUGGAGGGUCCCUAACCCCGGCGGAGGGACGCGGGGCAGCCGCCGCCGAGGCGCAGCAGCAGGGCGGGGCGGCGGGCCCCAGCACCGCGACUGAGAGCGCCGCGCCUACCGCGCGGGCCGAUGCGUCCGAAGUCGCUCCUGCGGCCACCAACGGUGCUGUCGCCCCCCGCU